AAUUCCAUUCUCUUCGUUGUUUUACUUUAUUUAUUUUUCGCUACUUUAUUCGAAGAGAUAAAAAAGUUUGUAUCAAACAAAAUCCGUUGUAAGCAUAUAUGGUUUUCAUGAUUUUCUAUUUCGCCAGUAUCCAGUAUAAGAGGAAUGCAUAGGCGUCACAAUAGCUCGAAGGCAUUUGUUUUAUUUACUACGUACAUAAUACAUAAGUUUAAAUUUAUCUCUGCGAAAACGAUAUAGCGAAGAUGAUAUUAAUUAAAAAACUAGAAAGAAAUCAGCAGUAACAGAUGUAAAAACACGCUAUGGGUAAAAGGUACAGGAGGAACGGUUAAACAGCGUGGCUGAAAAACUCAAACAACAUAAGAAGUUUAACCAGAUGUUUAGAUGGAGGCGCCCGAGGCGUUGUAUUUUUCAGUCUACGAGAGGUUUGUGUAGUUGCUUUGUAUUUGUUCUAACUUGUUGUAAGAAUGUCGGGUGAAAUCCAAGUCCAAAUCCAUGCAAGCGAUAAUAUAGUAAGCAUUGACAACAACCCAACCGGAACGUACAUAGAAAGCGCAGAUCAUGAGGUUCGCACGGUUGAGCAACCGAGUGUGUCACAAGCUACGUCAUCGCUACAAGAUAUGCAAAUUAACCCACAAGGAUCUCAUGGUGGAGUGGCAUCACGAAUACCGAUGAUAAAAAAUAUUUUUGCACCAGACGUCAUUGGUCAACUAUUGCAACAACGAAAGUGCUACCAUGCUUAUGGAGUAUCCAGGAAACGUGUAAAGCUCGACCUAGCUGUCAUUGUAUCUAAGGAUCUGGUCAACCAUUACCGAUGUUGUAUGUUGGUUGGAGAGGCGGAAGAAGCGAUUCGAACCAAAGAAGAACUGAUACAUUUGUUUAAAGAGAAAUUCGAAACCACGCCGAAUGAAAUCGAAACAUUUGCUGACACUAUCAGGGGUGAAGGGAGAGACAUGGAAGCGAUUUUGUUUUAUCAAAUCGCUGCCGAGUUUUAUGGAAAUCAAUCGAAAGCAUGUUUGGUCAGGAUAUCGAAUUGCGCAUGUGGGAUCAAAGAAUCUAUCAAGGCAAUGUUAUCACGUGACAAAGGAUUGAAAUCGAUCGUUCGAACCCACGUGAUUCCACUGAUGCGUGACAUGCGAGAAAAGAUUCGACGAUCUAAUGACGUCAGUGAGGAAGAUCGGUGUUUGCAGGAAGUUUAUUGUUUAAAUUGGAUCGCUAUCAGCGAGGGUUUGGUUGGAUACUUCAAUGGUGGUGAAAAAACAUUGGAAGAAGCGAUUGCUAUUAUUGAGAGGGUUUUCAAGGAGAACGCUGGAAAGUAUUCAGUGUACGCAGAUUGUUUGGAAAACCUCGGUGGCGCGUAUGAACAGACUUCCCGAUCUAUUGAUGCUUGCCAGUAUUACCGCAAAGCUAUUGCAGCUUAUGGAAAGGCUGAGAAAAUCGGCAAUGCUCAAAGAACGGAAAAGGUGAACAUAUGCAGAACCAACUUGGAAAAUGCUGAAAAACAACGUGAUACAUCAUAUGUUUCUCGAGUGUUUCGCUCUGUUUUCGGAUCAACUGGGAUGCACACAGAAAUACGCACUAAGCCGCCAUUGAAAAUAAUUCAAACUAACCCACAAGGAUCACAUGGUGAAGAGACGUCACAAAAAACAACACUUCAAGAUGUUUUUAGUCCAGAUAAUGUUGGUCAACUACUGCAAGAGGCAAAAUACGACCAAGCUUACGGCGUAUCCAGGAAACGUAUAAAGCUCGACCCAGCUGUCAUUAGAUGCAAGGAUCUGGUCAACCAUUACCGAUGUUGUAUGUUGGUUGGAGAGGCGGAAGAAGCGAUUCGAACUAAAGACCAACUGGGGGUGUUAAUAAAACAGAAUUUUCAAGCCACGGCGAAUGAAAUCAAAGCAUUGGCUGACACUAUCGGGGGUGAAGGGAGAGACAUGGAAGCAAUUUUGUUUUAUCAAAUCGCUGCCGAGUUUUAUGGAAAUCAAUCUAAAACAGAUUUGGUCGGUAUAAGGAGUUGCGUAUGUGGGAUCGAUGUAUCUAUCAGAGCAAUGAUAUCACGCGACGAAGGAUUAAAACCUAUCGUUCGAACCCACGUGAUUCCACUGAUGCGUGACAUGCAAGAAAUGAUUCGUCGAUCUGAUGACGUCAGUAAGGAAGAACGGUAUUUGGAGGAAGUUGACUGUUCGUGCCAGAUCGGAGUCAGCGAGUACUAUGUGGGUGACUUAGAUAGUGUGGAAAAAACAUUGAAAGAAGCGAUCGCUAUAAUGGAUAGGGUUUUCAAAGAGAACGCUGGAAAGUAUUCAGUGUACGCAGCUUGUUUGUACAAUCUCGGUCACACGUAUAUGAACACUUCCAGACUCAACGAUGCAUGUCAGUGUUUCCUCAAAUCUAUUGCAUACGGGAAAGCUGAAGAUCUCAACGAUGAUGAAAGAGCUGAAUGGAUUGGCUCGGCCAAAACAUAUUUGAAUCAAUGUGAAAAGCAACGCCAACUAAGCGUAUCGCAAGCUACGUCAUCGUUACAAGAUAAUCAAGUUAGCCCACAAGGAUCACAGAGUGGAGUGAAGUCAAUCCCAAAAUUUAAAGAUAUUUUUGGUGCAGGUUAUGCUGGUCGAUCACUUCAAAAACGAAACUACUACAAUGCUUAUAUCAUAUCCAGGAAACGUAUCUACGACCCAGUUGUUAUUAGAUCCAAGAAUCUGGUCAACAGUUACCGAUGUUGUAUGUUGGUUGGAGAGACGGAAGAAGCGAUUCAAAUCAAAGAACAACUGAUGACCAUAUUAAAAGAUAAAUUCGAAACCACGGCGAAUGAAAUCAAAACAUUUGCUGACACUAUCAGGGGUGAAGGGAGAGACAUGGAAGCGAUUUUAUUUUAUCAAAUCGCUGCCGAGUUUUAUAGAAAUCAAACGAAAGCAUGUUUGGUCGGUAUAAGUGAUUGCGCAUGGGGGAUGAAAGAAUCUAUUAGGGCAUUGUUAUCACGUGACAAAGGAUUGAAACCGAUCGUUCGAACCCACGUGAUUCCACUGAUGCGUGACAUGCGAGAAAUAAUUCGCCGAUCUGAUGACGUCAGUGAGGAAGAACGGUGUUUGCAGGAAGUUGAGUGUUUGUGCCAGAUCGGAGUCAGCGAGUACUUGGUGGGUGACUUAGAUGUUAGUGAAAAAACAUUGAAAGAAGCGAUCGCUAUUAUGCAGAGGGUUUUCAAGGAGAAAGCCGUUAAGUAUGAAGUGUGCGGACAAUGUUUGAACAAUCUCGGUUACACGUAUGGAUGCACUUCCCGACCCAUUGAUGCCUGCCUGUAUUACCGCAAAGCGAUUGCAGCUUAUGGGAAGGCUGAGAAAAUCGGCAAUGAUCAAAGAGCUGAAAAGGUUAACAUAUGCAGAACCAACUUGGAAAAUGCUGAAAAACAACGUGAUACAUCAUAUGUUUCUCGAGUGUUUCGCUCUGUUUUCGGAUCAACUGGGAUGCACACAGAAAUACGCACUAAGCCUUCUAUGAGAGAUAUUCAAACUAACCGAAAAGGAUCACGUGGUGGUAAAGAAACGUCACAAAAACCAACACCCAUAGAUGUUUUGGUUCCAGAUUCGUUUGAACGACUACUGCAAGAACGAAAAUACAACGAAGCGUAUGGCGUCUCGAAGAAGCGACUACGGUUUAACCUAGCUGUCAUUGGUUCUAAGGAUCUGGUCAACCAUUACCGAUGUUGUAUGUUGGUUGGGGAGGCGGAAGAAGCGAUUCGAACUAAAGACCAACUUAAGAUGGGUGAAGGGAGAGACAUGGAAGCGAUUUUGUUUUAUCAAAUCGCUGCCGAGUUUUAUGGAAAUCAAACGAAAGAAUGUUUGGUCGGGAUAUCGAAUUGCGCAAAGGGAAUCACAGAAUCUAUCGUGGUAAUGAUAAAACGUGAAAAGAGAUUGAAGCCGAUGGUACGAAUCCACGUGGUUCCACUGAUGCGUGACAUGCGAGAAAUGAUUCGACGAUCUGAUGACGUCAGUGAGGAAGAUCGGUGUUUGCAGGAAGUUUGGUGUUUGUAUUAUAUCGAAUACAGUGAAUAUUUGCUUGGUGACUGGAUUAUUCGUGAAAAAACAUUGGAAGAAGCGAUCGCUAUAAUGGAGAGGGUUUUCAAGGACAGAGCUGGAAAUUAUUUAGUGUACGCAGCUUGUUUGUACAAUCUCGGUGAAAUGAAAACACUUCCCGACCCAACGAGGCCUGUGAAUAUUACCGCAAAGCUAUUGCAGCUUAUGGGAAAGCUGAGGAUUUCAACGAUGAAACCAAAGCUGAAUGGACUAAAAUAUCUAAAAACAAAUUGCUAA